GUGAUUUUUACCACCAUCUGCCACUGCCAAUGUGAAAGGCUGCUGCUGCUCGUGAAAGGGGGUCCUUGGGAAUGGAUCCAGAAUCGCAGGACAGCGUACCAUGCAUCGAGGAAAUCGGAAUCUCGAGAGAGAGGCGAGAGAGAGGGGUAGAAGUGAGAGACGCUCUACGAGAUGGAGAAAGAGACCGAGAAGCUUUGUUGAGGUAUGUCCAGUCCAAGUCGCUGUUUGCCUUCCACAGUGAUGCCUGUGAUGAAAGAGAAAGGCAGAUGAAGCACAAGAUCUUGUCAGAGACCGACCUGCUGUUGUCCAAGGCGAGAUCUUUGCGCGCACUUGCCUCCCCGAGAAGGAGAUCCUUCUCCAGAAGCUGCAGGCCAGAUGGAAAGAGAGGGGGGAGGGGGGGAGAGAGCUCUCGGAGAAAAAAGAAACGAGAAAGAGAAAAGAGAAGGCAGACAGGAGGACGAGGAAAGGAAAAAAAAAAAUGGAAAGAAAGAAGGGAAUCAAAGCAGCCAGAUGGGGGAGGAGUGGGAUGGGGUAGUGCAAAUGCAGAUAAGUGAUAUGGGCAAAGACGAACAGUUCCAAGUUGAAGGAAAGGGGGAGGAAGCGAUAAACCUGUAAGUACUAUGCCUGUUGUUUGGACAAGUAGAUAUCUAAACGAGGUUGAACGCUGCAGGGGCAGGGAGGAGGGAGUAAACGAGAGGGCGAAGCUGGAGAGCACACGGAUGAUCGUGGCAGUGGCAGUAGCGGAGCAUUGAUGGUGCCCUCCUCGAGGAGAAUCGCCCCUGCAGAGUAACAAAGAGGUACAGCCAUAGCUAUAUCUCUACCGCCUUAAGUUGGAGCUUUGGAUCUCUUCUCUUCGCUCCUCUUCUCUCAGCUUCUACCAUUGCGGCUGUUUGCGAUUACUACAUAGGUAAACGGGGAGCGAUGGAGGGGAUAAGAUGGAAGACGCUGCUCUACUAGGAACUUGGGAGGAAAAAAAGCACACAAAAACAAAACAAAGGGUCAAGGCGUGGGGGCCCUCAUGCAAAUGCAUAACGUGCCAUAAGGCUCACGCCAGCCAAGGAAGAAAAAGAAUUUCUAUAUGCUCCGGCUUGGCACGGGGAUCGAACCCGGGAGCUACUGGAGCUUGAUUAGUGGGAGAUUAAUUGCUAGGUGGACGUCGUUAUCGUGGGACAAAGCACGAUUAUUUGAUUUUUUUUGGCACUAUAGAUGUAGAGUGGGGCGGAUUCUUUUAAGAUUAAGUUGGGCCCCUUAGAGCAUACCACUAUGUAGCUUCCCUUUGGGAAAUAAGAGAUUCUUUUAAGCAUUGGUACUA